AGCAAUUUUCCGCCUUUACCCUUAUGGCGACAAGCGCCUCCCCGUCUGCUGUUGCCGUUGAUGCCGUUGCAUCGUGUGACGAUUCUUCGUCAAUCUCGGCUACGCUGAGCACGUAUGAUGACUCUGAAGUGGCAUCGCUGUUGUCGUCUAGUAGACAGCAUUUGGAGGGCAUCAUAACGAACGACAUGCCUACCAGCAUCGUUGGUCUGUGCCACCCUUUGCUGGAUUUGGUAGCGACAAUCGACGACUUUGAGGCCUACGGGUUGGAGCCGUCGACGCAGCGGCUCGCGAAGGGAAGCGACGAGGAUAAGAAGCUGUUCGCGAGAAUGUUAGGUGACGGCGAGUUGACCGUACAUCGUAUUGCUGGUGGGCAGGCGAUGAACUCUUUGAGAGGCGUCAAGUGGUGGUUCGACCGCCACGAAGCUGAUCCGGAAUACAAUGAUGUGAGUUUCGCGAACACGUCGGUUCGGAUCGUCGGCAGUGUUGGUGAUGAUGAAUAUGCAAAUGUGUUGAGGGAGGCUUGUGUGGAGGCUGGUCUUGAGACUGACUUCGAGGUGUUUCCUGGUGGCCGUACUGGGAAGUGCUGUGCGCUUUUGAAAGACAAAAAACGGACGAUGAUUACCGAUUUGGGGGUGGCGCCAGAUUUCCGGGCCGGCCCUGAGCGAGGGAUUCCGACUGAUUGCAGAAUAUUGUAUACGACUGCGUUUUACGCUUGUGGGGAUGGGUAUGCGUGCAGAGAGUACAUCCCUAACCAUCCACAGAUCAAGUCUGGAUAUACGAAGUUGUUCGCUGGCCUCAGCGCUGCUUGGGCCUGCAAGAACGAUGAUUUCACGUAUAUGGCGCGUUAUGCUUGUGACGUUGUCUUCGGUAACGAAGUAGAGUUCACUGCGUUCGCUGAGCAUCUCGGCAUUGUGGGGGUGUCUAAAAUGAGCCCUAGAGAGAUAGCGGAGGCGGUCUCGGCUUUUAUGAAGCCGGGCGCUUGGGCAAUCAUGACUCAAGGUCCUGAUCCCGUCGUAUGCUGUAGCAAUUUGACGGACACUUGCGACGCCUUUACUCAUACCGUUCGAGACCUGGACCCUCUAGCUAUCUCUGACGAUAUUGGCGCUGGUGACGGCUUUGUGGGGGGUUUUAUCGCUGCAAUAUACGCAAGGUUACUGGCGAGCGAUUUCACUCCACGAAGUGUGCCGUCUCCUGUCGAAAGCAUAAUAUCGAAUGCAAGGGAUGAUGAUACCAGCUAUCUUCUCCCUGGGGACGAUUCUCGAUCGGAUACAUGGUAUUGGAUAACGAGGCAAAUGGUCAUGGAUGGCGUCGAGGAGGGCAUAUACUGUGCUCGACAAGUUAUGAAACACACUGGUUGUCAGUACUUCUAAAAGAAUCAGUAUUGAUAUCGGUCGUAUACAGCGGAGCGUAGCAGCAACAGUACGAUGGUGACUCUUAGUAAUUCCUAUAGUGUCUAUUGUCCCUCUCUAUGGAGUGCAUGUCAGUCUGAUGGUGACACCUAAACUGGUAGUUCUCGGUUCGUUUCGGUCUCGUAGCUCCUACAACGUGUAAUAAUAUAACCAUUCCCAUUGUUGUCGUCUUUCUGCUGCUGCUGCUGCUGCUGCUUCUGAGCUUGUAUUAAAGCUGAAUGCAAAGUUGACGUAUUGGUAGUAUUAGUAGUGUAGUAGUUGUCGAGCUCAUUAUCAUCAUCAUUGUUGUUGUUAUUACCGCCGUUAAGUGCGCUGAGUACAAGAUGGCAAACGGUCGUAAUGAGAGCUAUAAUGAGACCCCAUAGACUAGAGUGGUCAUUGAUCUUAUCACUGUAUCAUUAUUGCGAAUAUGAGUUGUUUUAUAUGCUGUGCAUGUGAGCAGACUAACACCAUGCAUGGCUCUUUGCUGGUGUAUGCUGAGCUCUCGCGUCAUCUAUUACUACAACUACUAGGCUCCCGUCAUCAACAUUAUCGUAAUUAUCCUAUCGCUGCUGCUCUCAUCGUUAUAGCCUCUUCUCUGCAUUCUUUUCAUUAUCUGUAUUUCCAAACGUAACCACCACCACUACCACCACUAACAACAACAGCUACUACUGUAUGAUGAUUAUGCAAGAUCCAAGAGGUUCCGAUCCCCAAGUAUGCUUGCUGCCAUACAGGUAUCAACAACAUUGGCGACUACGAGGUCUAUCAAGUCUUGGUGUAUCCUUUCGACAUUCACAGCUCGACCCUCAUUGGUCGUCUCAGGUGUUUGUUGUCAACUACGCCAACUAAGAAUUACGUCUAGGAUUUGUUUGAUCGUGAUGAAGUGUUAGGGUUACUGAGUAACCUCGCAGUCCUCUUCUUCAUAGUCCUUUGCUGUGUGUCGCUCAUCCUUUGGUACGUAUCUCAUUCUUUUCGCUACUACCAAUAUUAACGUCUACUGCUGCUGCCACACUACUGCUUUCUUGUUCGUAAUGCAAGGAGUAUUUAGUGGUAGAGCCACAGUAGGUGAAGACGUCAAGAAGCUGUGAGUGAUGAUCACCAUAGGAGAUCUCGAGGGGGAAUUUUGCGCUCAAA